AUGGCGACCAGCGUGACUUCCGUCUAUCUCCACGUCGUCGACGACGUCAUUAGCAAGGUCCGCGAGGAUUUCCUCAACUUCGGUGUAGGGGAUAACAUCCUCAACGAGCUCCAAGGGGUAAUCUCCCCUGUCGCGCUGUUUUUUCCUUCGUCGUGGAAUUUUCCGCGCAUUUCCCCCCUAAUUUUUUUUUCAGUUAUGGUCUGUUUCUGUUGAUUCUUAUUACGUCCUCUUUGGGAAGUUGCAUUAAAUACGGAAUUCAUUUGUUGAUUUUAGGUUUUCCCCCAGGAAAUGUCUAUCAUAUUUUUUUCCUUACGAUUUCUUUUUUUCUUUCAUUUCCUUCUUUGGGAGAUUUCAGCUCUGGGAAAUGAAAAUGAUGCAAUGUGGGGCGAUAAGCGGAAAUACAGAAAGGCCCUCUGUUCCCAAGGCAAAUGGUGCUGUUGCCCCUGUCCACGACUUGAAUGUACCCUACGAAGGACCAGCCGAGGAGUAUGAGACUCCGACUGCGGAAAUGCUCUUUCCUCCGGUUGACUGAAUAACACUAUCUCGUUCUUGCUUCUCUUUUUCAGGUUUUCUGUUCAAUGGAUAACACUACAACGUUUUUUCUUUUUUUCGGCUUCCUCUUCUACAACCUUCAGACACCUAUGCAAACACCCAUUCCAACUCCUCUGCCAGGAAUUUCGGAGAACCAGAUGUACACGACUGGUACUCCAAACGAUUUUGAAACUACUGAUGAUAUCAGAGAUGGCGAAACGAAACCUGGGAGACCUAACCCUUACAUGGUAUCUGGUUUAUUGCUUGGAUUGCCAGGAUGUGCCCUCAUAUUCUGGUGAAAAUUGGUACUCAUAUAUGCUUUCAUGUUCUCAGCACCCACCUUCUCCCUGGAUGACCCAGAGACCACUAGGUGUUGACGUUAAUAUUGGUGAGCUUGUAAAUUUUCAAAAUUUGAUGUUGUAUUGUUGUAGAUUAGAUGUCACGAUUGGUUGUCUCUUUAAUCAGAAAAUUACUUCUGUCUCCUUUCUUGGUAGCUUAUGAUGAAGGACAAGAUGAGGUGGAUAGAGGGGCUCCUCGUCAACCUAGGACACAGGUAUAUAUAUUUCUACUGAUAAUGAAUUCCUUUUAAUUUUCUUCCACUUGUUCAAGCAAUUGUUUGUGGAGAAAGUGUUGUGUUUUCCACUAUUUCUUUUUACGGUGAUAUGCAAAAAAGGACACAUACGCGUCAUCAUUGUAAGAAAAUACUCUUGGGGAGAGAAAAUUGCUAAUGUAAAAUUGAGAUAUCAAAUGAUUUGAUGCAUAUAAAUACCUCUUUCCAUGAAGAAAAAAGGAGAGAGAGUGCAAAGAACUGCUGCGUAAAAGAAAAAAAAGAAUAGAACCAGAAGGAAUGGAAGUUAGGAGGACAAAUGUGAAGGCAACAUUUUUAAAGAGAGAGACAUUGCGAUAGUAAGAUGACCUAGCACAGGGUCCGUUGAACUUUUUAGCAUGCCAUUGUGUUCUUUGGUAUAUCCUAUGAUCCAGUCAACUGUAGAGGCUAUGCCUUUCCUUUUGACUGCAUUCAGCCAAUCUUUUCUCUAUCAUGUAAUGAUGCUUAUGGGGAACAGAUGCGUGUUGGACUGAGCCACUUAUGCCUUUAAAAGGUCAGCUAGUUGGGGAGCUUCCACACAGUUUUGUCACAAAUGUCACACGAUAAUCCGACGCUUUUUAUUUGUUUAAAAUAAUGAUUUUCUUCAUAUCGAAGAUUAGUUUUAAGAAUUAUUUUGAUGUAUUGCAUAUUUCAGGCUCUUUCUGUAUGAUGUCUGGAUUUGGGUCUAAACUCCAGUUUCUUCUAUCCUUGCGAGCCAUGCCUAAUUGGAUCCGUCCCGAAGGGUCUUGGCCAAAUUGUAAUUUAGGGCAUUAAAAAUUUUAAAAAGUCAUCUAGUGUCUGAUUGACCAACUAGUGUCUGGAAAUCUUAGUCUAACUUGGACGUGAUUGUAUGUGUGUUUGAAAACGAUGAUAUAGCAUCACAACAUUCUUGGUUACUUGCGUAGAUGCAUCGAUUCAUGUAAAAGAUUUGCAAGUCGUAAUGAAAAGCUAUAAUGUGUAUUGACCGUGUGGGACUGUGGGGCUGGUCAAUUAUAACUCCUCUUGUCAUUGCUUAUUACCGCUCUAUCAGGUCAUGCGAUUUGGAGGAUUCUAAAAUUUUCAAGGUUACCAAUUCCACAAGAGUCUAAUACCCUUUGGGAUAAAGGAAACUUGAUUUUUGCCAGUGUCUGAGGCGGAGUUGUGUGAUGAGUAGCAAUUUUAUUGGUUUUAACGUACACCGUAGAAGUGUGUUUCAAUUUUUCUGGCUGAAUUAAUUGCCUACUACUUUGAAAUGAACUUAAUAUGGGAAAUACUUGUCAGGAUUUUUUCAUGGGAUCUUCUGGUAAACGCAAGCGGGGUGAUUUUGUUUCGCAUUUGCCACCAGAUGGGUUUAUUCCACAGCAAGAUGGAGCUUGUGAUGUCAUUGUUGAGCUCCUAUUGCCAGAGGUAUUCCUAACAGCUGAUAGGAUAUUUUCUAUAAUGUAUUGAAGGACAUCUUUAUUUAUUUAUUUUGCCUGUAAACUGCAUUCUCUUGUAAUCAAUCCUUGAUUGGUGAAAUAUCGAUUCAUGUGGAUGUGUAUUCCGGAAAUUUUCUUCUUACUUCUCUUAUCGUAUGGAUUUAUUGUGAUUUUGUGAUGUUGAACAUCCUUACGCUCCAAUUUAUGUGAUAAAGUCUUUGAGCUUUGCUAGCUUCAUAUUUCAAAUAAUGUUUUUGUUGUACGCCUACAUGGAACAAUUCAGUCGCACGAUGGUAGCUGUGGAAGUGUAAAUUCUGGCAGUUGAUGUUUUAAAGAGUACGAUUCUCUGUUCGAAGGUCUGGAAAAUUUCCGAAUCUUGGACAUUUAUGCCGUUCUCGUUUCGUUAGACUAACUGUUAAUUGUUUCUUUGAUGAAUCUAGUUUUCUUCAUAAUUAGAUGAUAGGUUUUUACGUUCUAUCUGAUGAUAAUAGCAACUGUGACUGUGCGCAGCCUUGUUUUAUCUCUCCCCAAAGGUUUUCGCUUUACACCCUUCUUAUGGAAGCUUUGAUCCAGAUACUUGUUGCAAUUGUGCGUGAUUCUUUUCUGCAGCCCCUUUUUGUUCCGGUGAUCUCAUUAUUUGAUCCGCCAUUGAUUGUGCUAAUGAAAUUCACUCCAUCACUUCUCAUUGAGCCUGCCUAUUUAUUUUCUUCUUCUGAUCUUCAUUCCAUCUUCAUGAGGACUUCACACAAUUUCCAAGGUUUAGGAAAGUGGACUGUUGUUUGGUCCAGGCAGAGGGGUCGGGAUCGAAAUUGCACUCAGCUUAUUACCCAAAGCAGCGGAGGCUGUUGUAGUUGGUUGUGCUGUUCAUAAAACUACUUGUACUAUUUAGAAAACCUUCCUGAGACAAAAUCUGGAAUUGGGGGUGCAAAUGUAGAAAAAAAAUUAAACAAUUCCAAAACAUGUUAUUAUUGUACAACAAUUUAAUAAUGGAAUAUUUUAAAUUUAGAUUAUUAAAACUUUACUCUCUCUGUUCCUACAAUAAUGAAAAGAAGAUUCCGCUUACCUCUCUCUCUGCUCCCAUUUCCUUCCUUUUCUCCUUGCCUCUGUUUCGACCUAUGUAUGUGUGGCGGGAGGAGUUGAUCUCAUUUUCCCCGCUGGAGUCCAGAUAAUAAACGCCGAUCUGAUGAAGAAAACAGUCCCUUUGAGGCCAAAGUUGUUCAGCAGGCUACGAAUGGCCCGAAAUCCACCCAAUACUGUGUCAAUUUCUUCCGGUUGACUUCGAAAACCUGACAUCAACAGUGAUACUAUGACCCUGUAUCAACAGCCCAUCGAUUUCGCAGCAUCAGUAGUCCAUCGAUUUCUCUCUUUUUAAUAUGCAUGCGAUUUUAAGCGGUGGUUGAUCCGUGCCGUAUUUCUUUCAGGGCAGGGAGAUGGAAAAACCGUGGCUUGCAGAUGGGACCGCCCCCUCCCAGGAGUUCCGAGUGAAGGAUCCCGGUUCUCCUCGAGGCCUCCCCCAGUUGGACGGCAUCAACGAUGACUAUGACCCUGUAUUUCCCCUGCCCCUGGCUCAUCCACGCCUUCAUUUCUUCAUUCAUGGCUCCCGUUUUUAACUGCCCCCUCUUCUCCCCCCCGAAGCCGUCCAAUGCGCACGGAGAUUCCAGAGAAGGCUAUGAGACCCCAUCAGAACAAGGUAGCUCCAUUCCGGCCCCUCCCACGGGCUCGAUUUCUUGUAUUCAUUUACUUGGAAUGUGGGGGGUGAGAUUUUUCUCUCUGCGUCCUUUUUCAGCUGGCACGCCGAGGACGGCGCAGGCUGUGGGGGCCGAAGCCGACGAGCCUCCCCUGAACGAGGACGACGACGACGACGAAGACGACUUCGACGAUCUCGAUCAGGAGGAGGAAGAGCCCAACACCCAGCAUUUGGUCCUGGCGCUCUUCGACAAGGCAACAGCCAGACUCUCCCUCCACCCCACUCCACCCCACCCCACCACUAUCCGGCCCAAACCCUAAAAGAAAGCUCAACUUCUCUGUGCAGGUGACGCGGGCAAAGAACAGAUGGAAAUGCAUGCUCAAGGACGGCAUCAUGCAUCUGAACAACAGAGACAUCCUCUUCAACAAGGUUAGAUUUUACAGUGGCCAUUUAUCUAUUUUUAGCUCUGCUCUGUUCUCUCUUUCUGGUUUAGAGGGAGAAUGAUUCUUCCACCGCUGUUCCCACUUAACUGAGCACUUGUGCGUGUAAAUGCGCAGGCGAAUGGGGAGUUCGAGUUCUGA